UUUAUCCCUUGAAAACCUUUACUGUCUUACAGCUGUUUACAGGCUCAAGCCUGCGUGCAGCUGGCAACUGGCUGCUGGAGGCUCCUAGAUAGCAUCUAUGUUUUCCCAAUGCAGUUUGCUUUCUGUGUUUCGCAGUUAGAAGUGUUAACAAGCAAAUGUCUUGUUAAAUUUGCAAGGAUGGGCAGAAGGGAGGAGAAACAGAAACGGCAUGAUAUGCCAGAAACAGACUCUCACAAAGAAAAAAAAACAGGCAGGUGGUAUAACAGUGUUUUACUUAGAUGGAGGGGGAAAAGCGCUUACAGAAUCUUUUGGAAUUUAUAAAGGAAAUAUACACAUUAACAGCACUUUGUAUCUUGUACAAACAAUUACAGACUUGGUAGCUUUCUGAAUUCUGUAAAUAUAGAAGCAGUGAAGCAGCAAGUGAUUGCAAAUAAUUUUGGGUUUGCUGUAUGGCUGGAGGAUCCUUUCUUGUCUAACUACAUUGUAGCACUGUUGUUAGCUUCCUUGUACUGGCUUCCCUCUGUUUUAAAUUGAGUAAAAUGUAAUUAAAACCACGUGGGCGCUCCCUACAGACAAAAGCAAGGGCACCCAACGUUAAUGUUAUAAGGCUCUGUCACCGGAAUUCAAGGACUGUGUCAUGUAGCUGGAAAUCGGAGCGGUAAGAUUUUCCUUGGGCUGCUGACAGGAAAAUGUAACAUAUGCUGUAUUUCACAAGUACUUAUAUUUUCAAUUCUGCAUCAGAGUUUGUUGCCUAUUAUUUGCUUGUAGUUCACUGUUAAGGCUCAAGGAGUGUUCUCCUCAAUUUACAGCUCUAUUAAACUGAUAAAUCAAUCACUUGUGUGAGGGGAGGCAGUUUGCCGGCAUUUGCUUUGCCAGCAUGCUGCCACCCACAACAGUAUUCACAGGUCCUCGAGGAUACGGCAAGAGGGAGGAAGCCUCCCCUCUAACUUAAUUUUUAGAACAUGAAACCUGUUCCUGGUGCUAUGAACAGCUUUAAUGAGAAUAUUUUUGAAGAGCUGUCAUCUGCUAAUCCAAUAUUUAACUUGCUUUGUUUUUGCGUUGCUGUUUGACAACAUAGCUGCACUAUAGUUUAAGAGGUAAAAACCUUUUUCUUUUAAGAAGUCCAUGUUAGGCUAUUUAAAUUUUAAUUCCCAAAAGGGGAUGAAUCAAACCAACUGUUCUUGGGAGUAACACAGAAUAUUUUUGCCACUGUUUAAGUUGUCUUACUACUGGGAUUUGCUUGUCUUUCCUUGAGUGUAUGCUUACUUCUAGAACAAAAGUGUCAAGGCAAUUAUUUUCAGAAGUGUCUUGAGACUUUUGUCCGUGGUGCUUAAGCUGCUCUACUGAUCGUUGGUUUAAGUAGCCAGAGACUUCUUGUGCCUUUAACCACACAGUAGUGAGGUUCCCUGAAUCAAGUUGGCAGAGUUCACCGUACUGUGCUGGGCACUUCCAAGCUCUAGUUAGGAUUUUCGGAAGAACAGUGCCAGGGUCUGACUUAGAACAAAGGGGCGUGUGUGGGAAGCAAAGUUCUUGUUGGAGCUUGUUUUCUAACAGUGGACAGUACAGAUCUAGGAAAGGUCCCUUCUUGUUAAUUUAAACUGAACAAACAGCCCGGUUCCUUCUGUUAACACAAGUAAUUUUGCAUAGUCACGUGGAAAGAAUCACAUAUAUUGUGCUGUUUUAAAACUAGCAGUCUUUUCCUUAGACAAUAUAGAUAACUUUUGUUUUAAGUUUUAUUAUUAUGAUCUACUACUUUUGUCAAUAUCGGCUUACUGUUACAUAUUGCCUCUUAGUUAGAAUGAUGAAUUUGUACAGGCUUUAUUGAUGUUGUUCUUCUUUUACAUGGGUGUAAUUGAUGAAAGACCUGGCUGAGUGUCCUGGAAAGAGAGAAUCUAAAAAUAUAAAAUGAAGAAGCAUGUUCUCUGUCUGCAGAAUUUCUCAUAUAAAUAAGUUUAUGGUAAUGUUAUGUUUCAUCAUUUAUCAUAAUGUCAGGAUGAAUCCUUUCAUGCCUACAUAGGAUUUAAAUAAAAUCGGUAGGAACUUCGGUGUUACUGCUGAAGUUAUACAGAAGCAAACAAAUGUAAUGCGCAUAAUUAUUUUCCUGUGAUUGCAGUGAGAGACUUAGUUGUUGGUCCUUUAUUUGCAUUUGACAAAUAAUUCACUUCUCUAGUAUUUUCCAGUGCCACUCCCCCAGAGUUCUGCAUUAGACAAAUCUGCAUUUUCAGGUAAGUGUUAUUUUCAGCGGUCCAAUUGGGAUAUUGCGGAGCACAAGCAGGAAUGUCUCUCUUGGCCUACUCGUAGGUUGGGUUGUACCAGUACUGACGGUUCUAAAGCACAUGAGACUGCUUGGAGCAGUGAGCUUAGCGGCUGCAGUUUCCUUAUCUAGGCAGCCAGUCAAAACAUUAGGUCGGUGUCUGUUCUUUGUAUUAUGAAAGUAGAUUCUGUCAAAACUUUAGGUUGUUUGAAGUGUUUUCUGUAUAUACGCUGAGGAAUGAGGCAAGAUGGAAGGGAAGAAAAACACCUCAAAAAGAAAAACUCGAGUCUGGGUGAAAUAAAGUGGUGUUUUUUACUGCGAUACUUGUUAACAAGCCUUGCUUGACUUUCAGAUCCCGUUCAGUCUCGUAGUCCUUAUUUAGAGAAAAGCUUUCAGGGACAGCAGUAAGAUUCUCAGCACUCCUGAAAAUGAAGAGCAUAAAUAAUAGUUUGUCUAACUUUUAGUAGCCAGCUAUGAACAAUUUGUACUGUGUGAUCAUAUUCUAAGGUAUUUUGAAUUCUGAAAGUGUCUCAUUUCACUACAUCAAAACACAUCUUUAGAGAGAGAGUUCUUUUUAAACCCUUUUCUGUUCUGCCUCUUCACUUGGCUGCUCUGUUACUGCCUGUCCUAAACUGACUCUCUGUACACUGUGGAGUGAAUUAUAUAAUCGCCCUUUUCACUGAAGAUCAAACAUAAGAAACUCUAUUCUACAGAUUUUUUUUUAAAUCUGCCAGGUUCUGAUGUGCCUUUGCAACCACCUCGCCAGUGAAACUGUCAGAAGACCGUGGUGCGUGAAGACCUGCAGGAGCUGCCUCUUUUGCCAUCUAUUCCGCUAUUAAAACAGAAUCUUUUGUUUUCAUGACGUUACUGGAGAUACCAUUUCCACAGUUUCAGGACAGACAGCAUGCAAACCAUGCUUGGAUAUUGAAGGAUAUGCAAGAACUCUAAAUCUGGAUCAAGACUUAAUUUUGAGAGUGUGAGAGUUGCUUAUUGAGGAUAAAAUGGAUAUUGCAGAAGGACUGAAAACUUCACUGCAAUUUCAUCUCAUCAAACUGUAAGACAUUAGUUUCAUUCUUUGAAUCAGUGUGUAUAUAUCCAAGAAAAUCCUUCCUUUAUGAUGUAUGGCUGUCACACUGAAGUCAAACCACACAUGCUGUCUGCACGCCAUAGACAGGGAUAUCUGCAAAGUGCACACACCUGUGUGCAGGGAGCAGCUGGGCAUGGCUGGGCCCACCUGGGCCUGCACCGCAGAGUCUUCUGGGCUGCCCCUGCCCCAGGGCAGCACCUGGAAGGGCUCUGUGGAUUUUGCUCUAAAGGGAAGCAUGGCUGUGAAAAAGAAUGUUGUUGGAGGUCUUGCUGCUUUGCCUGGAACUGCAGAAGGAAGAUUUUGACCAAGAAAGAUGGAGUUACGUGUGAUUUCAGAGGAGAGAACACAACUGUGCCGGUCACAGAAGUUGCUGAAGCUCCACCAAAACCUGAAGAAAAUCCUGCAGAAGCAUUCACUGACUCAUCGCUCUUUGCUCACUGGGGCCAGGAUCUCAGUCCUGAGAACAGACGCAUCGCCCUCAAGCAAUUCCAGUAUUACGGCUACAACGCUUACCUGAGCGAUCGCUUGCCGCUGGACCGGCCCCUGCCUGAUCUCAGGCCCAACGGGUGCAGAAACCUUACUUUUCCUGACAGGCUUCCCGAGGUCAGCAUUGUGUUCAUCUUUGUUAAUGAAGCUCUCUCGGUGAUUCUGCGCUCCAUUCACUCAGCCAUUGACCGGACUCCUGCUCACCUGCUCAAAGAGAUUAUUUUAGUUGAUGAUAACAGUAAUAAUGAAGAACUCAAGGAGAAACUGAAGAAGUAUGUUGAUGAAGUGAACGCCCGUAAGCCUGGCUUCAUCAAGGUUGUUCGGCACAGCAAACAAGAGGGGCUGAUUCGAUCCCGAGUUAGUGGAUGGAGAGUGGCCACAGCACCCGUAGUCGCUCUCUUUGAUGCCCAUGUGGAAUUCAAUGUGGGAUGGGCUGAACCAGUGCUUACUAGGAUAAAAGAAAACAGAAAGAGAGUCAUUUCUCCAUCAUUUGAUAACAUUAAGUACGAUAAUUUUGAAAUAGAGGAGUAUCCCCUCUCAGCACAGGGGUUUGACUGGGAGCUGUGGUGCCGAUAUCUGAACCCUCCUAAGUCAUGGUGGAAACUGGAGAACACAACCGCUCCCAUCAGAAGUCCUGCGUUGAUUGGUUGCUUCAUAGUAGAUCGAGAAUACUUCCAAGAGAUUGGCUUACUGGAUGAAGGCAUGGAAGUAUAUGGUGGAGAGAAUGUGGAGCUUGGAAUCAGGGUAUGGCAAUGUGGAGGAAGUGUUGAGGUUCUACCUUGUUCAAGGAUUGCCCACAUUGAAAGAGCACAUAAGCCAUACACAGAAGAUCUAACUGCUCAUGUCCGGAGAAAUGCACUAAGAGUGGCUGAAGUCUGGAUGGAUGAGUUUAAGAGCCAUGUCUAUAUGGCAUGGAACAUACCCCAGGAGGACUCUGGAAUUGAUAUUGGUGAUAUUUCUGAGAGGAAGGCCUUGAGGAAGAAGCUCCAGUGCAAGACCUUUAGGUGGUAUCUUGUCAGCGUCUAUCCAGAAAUGAGAAUGUACUCAGAUACUGUCGCCUAUGGGGUGCUGCAGAACUCCAUGAAAAGUGAUUUGUGCCUUGAUCAAGGGCCAGACACAGAGAAUAUCCCAAUCAUGUAUAUCUGCCAUGGAAUGACACCACAGAAUGUUUAUUACACAAGCAAUCAGCAGCUCCAUGUGGGUGUUCUGAGUCCCACUAUCGACGAUGAUGACAACAGAUGCCUGGUGGAUGUGAACAGCAGGCCCAGGCUCAUUGAAUGCAAUUAUGCCAAAGCCAAGAGAAUGAAGCUUUACUGGCAGUUUACUCAGGGAGGUCCAAUCCAGAACCGAAAAUCCAAGCGCUGCCUGGAAUUGCAGGAAAACAAUGAAAAUGAAUUUGGAUUUCAACUUGUCCUUCAGAAAUGCACUGGACAGCGCUGGUCUAUAACAAAUGUCCUGAAAAGCUUGUCAUCAUAGCAGACUCAAUUUUUUACCCAUUUCUUUUGCUACUGUGUAGCAAAUAUUGCAUUGUUGCCUGCUGUACUGUAUUCCUCUUGCCUCCCCUGCCCAGUUCCUUCUCCACUCUCUUUUGUCCCUUUGGGUUUAUUUUGUGCGUGUGUGGAAAUUAAUUGGGUUUGUGGGCUGAAAAUAAGACGUUUUUAUUUCACAACGAUGUUUUCAUGGCAUUUAUAGAGACGUUGAAUGACAGGUGAUGGGUAGGCUAUCCUAAAAUAUUUUACAACUGUAAAUAGGAAACAAAUGGAGAAUAUUUAUAACUCAAACUUUUAUUGAAUAAAAAAGUCCAAACACUA